CUAUUCCCAACGAGCUCCGCGCUUGCAGCUGUUGGAGGGGCAACAUGGCGGCGCCGGGAGCUGGUGACCCCCUGGAUGCCAAGGAGGGAAGGGCUCCAAUCGCUCACCGUAUCGACCCAACUCGCGAGAAAUUGACUCCCGCGCAACUGCACUUCAUGCGGCAGGCACAGCUCGCCCAUUGGCAGAAGACGCUGCCUCAGCGGCGGACCCGGAACAUCGUAACUGGCCUGGGCAUCGGGGCCCUGGUGUUGGGCAUUUAUGCCUACACCAUCUACUCCAUAUCCCAGGAGCGUUUCCUCGACGAGCUGGAAGAUGAGGUCAAAGCUGCCCGUGCUCGAGCUGUUGAAAGGGCAUCAGUACCCUGAACCUGGGCAUUGCCAGUCUGCAGCCUGCCGGAGCCCGUAGAGCCCUUCACGUGGCGGGUGCCACCGAGACCCUGUGGAAACUGACGCCUUCUCACAGCACCCCUGGCCUGCUUAUUAACUGGACCAUGAUUGGGCCCAAGAAACAAGGGACAGAAUUGGGCCACUGUCCUUGUGACAUUCGUUGUUUCCCUUGCACUGUGCCCAGUGCCUAAGCCCUUGUUUCCUUGUUUGAGAGGUAUGCGACCUUGGCUUCCCCCAAACUUCCUGACUUUGUGGUUUCCCCCUUCACCUCCCAGGCCCCAGUUAGAGAGGGUGGGUAUGGCAGCUCUGUGCAGUGCUGGAGCCUAGAAUGGGAAAGAACAGUCAGUUAAGAACAAUAAACUUGAGUCAUCUCCCCUGGA